AUGAAAGAACGUGGAAGCCGCAGGCGGGGAGGGCGGGGAGUCGUCCGCGGAGGAGCGACCUGCCGGCUCCCGGCGUGGCGGGUCUGGACUCUGCAACCAGAGCCCUCGGCGAGGGGCUGCGUCCACCCUGGCUCCAGGCAGGCGUCACGCUCGCCCCGGGGACGGUCCAGGUUCUGCUCCCGGACCCCGACGCCCCGCCUCGGGCUGCGCGGGGCAAACUUCGCCCACGGACAGGGGGCGCGCCCGGAGCUCCGGGACCCUGGGCCAGGACGCGAGCUGGGCUCGGCGGCGGAGGGCCACGCCGGGGAGAGCCGCGGUGGAGCCGACGGGACGGGGGCGCCAGAGAAGAAGGAACGGCAGACGGAGGCGGCACCACGGCUCGGAGAAGCAAUGACAUUCCCUCUCACGCCCGCCGCCCGCCCCGCCGAGAGGAGCAGGGGAGGAGCCCCCUGGCGUCUGGGCGGAGCUCGGGCAACCUCUGACUCCGCCCCCGGCCCAACAGGAACUGGCCCCUCCGCCUGUCACAAAGCGACAGGGCUCUGCAGGCACUGGAAUGCCCUUGGAUGCAGCAGGGAAGAUGAGAGACGUGGUCCCUGCCCUUACAGCCUUCCAGCCAGCCCAGGAGGGUGGGCAUUAGCCCAGUCACGUUUAGGUACCGGUAUACAACACGGCAAGCACUGGAGGAAAGACUUCUACUCCUGUCAAGGGUCUAAGUGAAGAAAUCACAACACUGCUGCAAGGUUCCAUUAGGCAAUGACACAGUUUGGCCAGACGCCUAUCAGGGAUAUAUGUUUGCACGCAUAGCUCAGUCUUACUGUGUAGAACUGGCAAGAUCCCUUAAUAGAAAUUAUUGGAAAGAGCACAACCCAGCAUAGAGUUCAAUAGAGAAAGCAACUGCCUGUAUUUUGGCCUUUUUUUUUUUUCUUUUUUCUUUUUACUUCUCCAUCUACUCUUCAGUGAGAUGAAUAAUGUUUUCAUUACAUUGUUUGAGGAAAAAUGUUUUCCAUAAAUAACUCACCAGCAUUCAUCAUACAGUGGAACAGUAAAAAGUCACACCCAGGAUAAAGCAGACAAUUUAUUCAUCUAGCUAAUGUUAAUGAAAUUGAAUAGGCUUGCUCCAAAAUUUAUUGGGAAUCAUUAUUCACUGUCCCAGAAAGCAUUUAAUAAUACUCAGUUGUCCAGAGACUGCCUCGUACAUCUCUGAAGAAGAAGAGCUAUGGUUUAAAAAGACAGAAUCUUCAAGGCUGUACACAGGACAAAAUACAGGGUGAUCGCCCCCGAAAACCAAAGCGAGUAGCUUAGUUUAAAAACAUCAAGCUUCAUUUAAAAACAUCAAGCUAAAACGUGGUGUAUCUUGGCAAAACACGGUAAAGUGCUCUCUCCAAUGAUCACACAUUUCGUCCUGCAAAAUGUAUUCUUUAUUCAUUUCUGAAAUCAUCUUCUUAACCACAUUUAGGCACCACUUGCAAAUAAGCUAAUGGUACAGCAGCACGAAAUGCCGAGACAACUACAAUUAUCUCUUAAUUACACACAGCAGGCUUCCAGUAUGGGUCCCCCUUCUGAGGAUACUUAACAAGAAACAGAAAAAGUCAGGCAAACCAGUUAGGCAUCCCACGCAGCCUUCCUGAUGACAGGUUUACUCUAAAACGGUGUGGGGAAGAUACAGUCGCAGCGACUGUCACCAGGGAAGUCUGGCCCUGCUCGAGAAAAAGCAUCGGACUGGAUCUGAUGAUUCUGUUUGUGCUUGGGGAUGCGAAGAACCAAGAAACAAAGAAUGGUGAUUUGAUUCACAAAUCAGCCGUUUACGGGGAGCUUGUUCUCUCUCUGUAUGAAAUAAGGAGGGGACUUGUCUCAGAGCCUGUUGCUCAGGGCAGUUUUAUAUUUUCUUUGAGAAGGAAUAUCUGUUUGUUAUCGUGAGCUCAUACAUCAAGUAGGGGAAAUGGUCUAAGAGCAGAAAUAUGU